AUGUUGACUUUUGGUGUUCGAACUGGACUGGAUCUGGCCCUCUUCUGCUCAGGUAUGCCGUUUCUCCCUCGUGUUUUCCAUGCCUGGAUGAGUUAUGGGCUGAUGGGUGCUGGCAGUGGCAAAGUUUGGGGGUGCAGGUUUUCUCCGCUGAAUCCUUUGGUUUGUAUGAUGAGACUGAUCAAAAUUUUUAAAAAACACUCUGUAAGUCAGAACUUGUUAAGAGGUGUUCCACUGGUGGUAAUUUGGAGAUUAUGGAGGGAGCGAUGCAGAAGGGUCUAUGAAGAUAGCUCACUCUCGGCCUAUGCUGUGUUUCUAGAUAUCUGCUCCACUCUGCGUCUUCAGGCUUAUGGCGUUAGACCUAAAGAUAAGGAAGGCAUGAUUGGUAUGGAAUUCUUGAGGGCAUUAAAG